AUGCCAGACAAUCUUAUCCAACACUCUAACAACCUUGUAUGCCGCGGCAAUUGGGGAAGCCGAACAGAUCACAGCGAGACGUCCUUUCCACCAUCGAUAGCACGCAUACUGUGGAGACAAUCUCAUCAACCAUCUGCAGCCGGAACAAUCGGCAAGUCUUUCAGAAGCUCGAUAUGGCAUACAUCCGACACCAUCUCUACGAUGAGCAACCUCGCAACAACCUUGUAUAGCCGCGGCCAAGUGGGCGAGGCAGAACGGAUGCAACAAGAUGUACUUUCCCUGCGGCUGGAUAUACUUGGAGAACGACAUCCAGACACCAUCUACGAUGAGCAAUCUCGCAACAACCUUCUCGAUAUACUUGGAGAACGACAUCCAGACACCAUCUUUACGAUGAACAACCUCGCAACAACCUUGUAUAGCCGCGGCCAAUUGGGCGAGGCAGAACGGAUGCAACAAGAUGUACUUUCCCUGCGGCUGGAUAUACUUGGAGAACGACAUCCAAACACCAUUGUUGCGAUGAGCAAUCUCGCAACAACCUUGUAUAGCCGCGGCCAAUUGGGCGAGGCAGAACAGAUGCAACGAGACCACCAUCUUGCGAUGAACAAUCUCGCAACAACCUUGUAUAGCCGCGGCCAAUUGGGCGAGGCAGAACGGAUGCAACAAGAUGUUCUUUCCCUGCAGCUGGAUAUACUUGGAGAACGACAUCCAGACACCAUCUUUGCGAUGAACAACCUCGCAACAACCUUGUGUAGCCGCGGCCAAUUGGGGGAGGCAGAACAGAUGCAACGAGACGUUCUUUCCCUGCAGCUCGAUGUACUUGGAGAACGACAUCCAGACACCAUUUUUACGAUGAGCAAUCUCGCAACAAUCUUGUAUAGCCGUGGCCAAUUGGGGGAGGCAGAACGGAUGGAACGAGACGUACUCGCCCUGCGGCUGGAUAUACUUGGAGAACGACAUCCAGACACAAUCAUUGCGAUGAGCAACCUCGCGACAACCUUGUAUAGCCGCGGCCAAUUGGGCGAGGCAGAACGGAUGCAACAAGAUGUACUUGCCCUGCGGCUGGAUAUACUUGGAGGACGACAUCCGUCUACCAUUGCUGCAAUGAAAAACCUCGCAAUAACGUUCUAUAACCGCGGCCGGCUAGAUGAGGCGGAAAAGCUUCAAAGGGACUCAAUUGGUCUAUGGCUAGAUAUCUUCGGCUCACGGCAUCCACACACCCUAACCGCCUCAUUGGACUUGUCUGUUAUGGUAUACGAAGCGGGUAAGUCCGAGGAAGCGGCAAAGCUUCUUCGAGAGACCAUGGAUCUACGGAUUGAGGUCUUUGGUCAAGAUCAUCCUCAUACCGUGAGGUCAAUGGAGCUUCUUAAACUCAUAGAUUCCGAGCGAUCUCAAAACUCUUAUACUCAACGUCUAUCUCAAUUCUUCUCUCGCUUCUUUUCCUAA